AUGCUACAGACCCUGAAGGAAAACCCCCGCUUCCUCCAGGACAAAAUCAAGCACUACUUUAAGGAGAACACACACAGACUGACCCUGUCCAUGAGUCCGGAUGAGGUCUACUUGGAGAAACAGGCCAAAGCCGAGGAGGAGAAGCUCCAGAAAAAGAUCCAUGCUCUGUCAGACAGCGACAAAAAAGACAUCUAUGAAAAAGGUCUGGAGCUGCUGGCCGCUCAGAGCAAAACGCAGGACGCCUCCUGUUUGCCGGCGCUGAAAGUGUCUGACAUUGAGCCCACGAUCCCUGUUACUCCUGUUCAGAUCAGCACAGCAGUCGGCAUACCGGUGCAGUACUGUGAGCAGCCCACCGACGGCCUAGUUUACUUCAGAGCCAUGUGCAGUCUCAACACACUGCCGGAGGACCUCAGGCUCUAUGUCCCGCUCUUCUGCAGCGUUGUCACCAAGAUGGGCUGUGGAGGUCUGGACUACAGACAACAGUCCCAGCAGAUGGAGCUGAGGACUGGGGGCAUGUCUGUCUCCACCCAGGUCGUCCCUGACUCCACCCAGCUGGACAUGUACGAGCAGUGUGUUGUUGACCUUGUAUUUCUUUCUCUUACUUCUCUAAGGGAUCCAAACUCAGUGCAGACCUUGUCAGCGUUUCGUCGAGGUGUGGACUGGGCGAAGUCGAGACAGUUCACCCAGCAGGACAUCGAUGAAGCUAAACUGUCAGUGUUCUCGGCUGUAGACUCGCCUGUGGCCCUUGCGGACAAAGGAAUGGGUCGCUUCCUCAGCGGAGUCACCGAUGAGAUGAAGCAGAAUCACAGAGAAAGACUUUUUGCUGUCACUCACCAAAGUCUGGUGGAAGUGGCUGAAAGAUACCUCGGCGUCGGUCAGAGGACGUGUGGAGUUGCUAUCUUGGGUCCAGAGAACGAGGCGAUUAAAAAAGAUUCCUCAUGGAUCGUAAAAUAAUCCAGUCUGUAGGUAACUUGUGAUUUAAAUACUCAACUGGACUUCUGGAGAAUCACAGCUGCAAGACUUAUUCUGUACUGAAUGCUGAAAGUCUACGGUUAGGAUUUUUUAUUAAAGAGUCAAAAAAGCUGAAGCGCACAAUAUCAAGAGGAGGACUGAGAGCUGCUGUCAUGGUUCAGAUACGUCUUCAUUCUGUAUAUAUUUAAUGAAAUAUAUGAUCAUGUUGGAAUACACUAUGUGAGUGAGCUCUUCUUUUUGGGAUCAUUGCAAAAGUAUCAUCAAGAGAUAUAUCAUUUAUAUAAACUUCAAUCAGGU